GCGCGGGCGGCGGGCGGCGGCCCCUCCUCCCGGUGCAGGUGAAGCUGGCCGCGUUGAGCUGCCGAGGGCCGCGAUUCGUCUGACGCGGCUCUAACGUGGCGUGUCAGUGCGUGGCGGGAUCCCGGGAGUGCCACACCACCUCCCCGUCACUCCUAAGCCCAAUGGACCCGGGCACAGCUAUGACUUAGAACUUGAAUGUGUCAAGGGAGAUGAUGGCCACAUCAUUCCAGAAAUAUAUGGCUGUUGAAUUAGCUGUGAGGGAGAGGCAUCCAGAAGAUGGAGUCCAGGGAGGUGCAACGUGGAGUUUGGGGAAAUUUCCUGACCAUGACAGUCAAGUAGGACCUAUCCUGCAAAGGGGUGAAGAGAAUGUCCGGGUCUCCUUGCGCUUUGCCACCCUACAGAAAAAUACGGACUCCUUUGGCACUUCUGACCUCAGAGCCAGGACAUCGAUUAGUAUCUAAUGUUUGUGUAAGACAGAAGAAAAGGAUGUCAUUCCGUAAAGUAAACAUCAUCAUCUGGGUCCUGGCUGCUGUUCUCUUCCUACUGCUUUUGCACCAUAACUUCCUCAGCUUGAGUAGUCUGCUAAGGAAUGAAGUUUCAGAUUCGGGAAUUCUGGGGCUUCAGCCCGUAGACCUCGUCGCGGAUGUUCGUCAACAUCCAGUACAUGGGAGACAAGAGGAGAUUCCUGUGGUCAUUGCUGCCUCUGAAGACAGGCUGGGUGGGACCAUUGCAGCCAUAAAUAGCAUUCAUCAUAACACUCGCUCCAAUGUGAUUUUUUACAUUGUUACACUCAACAGUACAGCAGACCAUCUCCGGUCCUGGCUUAACAGUGUUUCCCUGAAAAGCAUCAGGUACAAAAUUGUAAAUUUUGACACUAAACUUUUGGAAGGGAAAGUAAAGGAGGAUCCUGACCAGGGGGAGUCCAUGAAACCAUUAACCUUUGCAAGGUUCUACUUGCCAGUUCUGGUUCCCAGUGCAAAGAAGGCCAUAUACAUGGAUGAUGACGUAAUUGUACAAGGUGAUAUUCUUACCUUGUACAACACACCACUGAAGCCAGGACAUGCCGCUGCAUUUUCAGAAGAUUGUGAUUCAACCUCUUCGAAAGUGAUCAUCCGGGGGGCAGGGAACCAGUACAAUUAUAUUGGCUAUCUUGACUAUAAAAAGGAAAGAAUUCGUAAGCUUUCCAUGAAAGCCAGCACCUGCUCCUUUAAUCCUGGAGUUUUUGUUGCAAACUUGACUGAAUGGAAAAGACAGAAUGUAACUAACCAGCUAGAGAAAUGGAUGAAACUUAAUGUAGAGGAGGGACUGUACAGUAGAACACUGGCUGGCAGCAUCACCACACCUCCUCUGCUUAUUGUAUUUUAUCAACAGCAUUCCACCAUUGACCCCAUGUGGAAUGUGCGCCACCUUGGCUCUAGUGCUGGAAAACGGUAUUCACCCCAGUUUGUAAAGGCUGCCAAGUUACUUCACUGGAACGGUCACUUCAAGCCUUGGGGAAGAGCUGCUUCAUACGCUGAUGUUUGGGAAAAAUGGUAUAUUCCAGACCCAACAGGCAAAUUUAGUUUAAUCCGAAGACAUAUGGAUACCUCAAACAUAAAGUGAACUACAAUUUAAGCUAAAUGCAUCACUCAGGAAAUCCUGGAAGACACAACACGUGGGAAGUUAACAGUGUUAGGCUUGAGUCCCUCUGUAGCAACUCACAGAAAAGGGGAUGUUUCAGCUGGCGGAGAUCACAAAUUGCUUCUGUGGCAGUCAGCUUCCCAGAUGACUACAAAUAUCUCCAUCUGCCUUACCAAAUGUUUGCUUACUAUAUUGCUGACUGACCUGAAGGACAGACUGAUAAAACCAGCACUCGGCUAACUGCUGUAGUUAGGAACUGCAGCUUGGUUUUAAUUUUGUAACCUGUGGUCCAGUUUGUAAAUAAAAUCUACAUUUUCCAAUAAAUCUCUUUGCUUCCACAGAA